AUGCGCGGACGCCCGCGCGUAGGUGUCGCGCAAAACCGAUGUGCGGCUAGCCUCGACGAGAAGCCUAAGCGCGGCGCGGCGUGCUGCGGCUGCACGCUAAGCCUUGCUGCGCCGAGCCUGAGCAGAGCAGAGCGUGGGUGGAGGCAGCGCGGGGCGUGGGGCGGGUCUCACCCAGACGGAAGAGUUGGCAGCCGCCGCUGCGACCGCGUGCCGGACGGGAAUAACCGUAAAUCGGGCGCCUGGCUCACCGGUGGUGGCGGCGGUGGCGGCGGCGGCCGCCUACAGGUCUGUGCCUGGGCGUGGGGUUCGUCUGUGUCUGGACCUGGGCGCUGGGUUGUCUUGUGUCUGUGCCUGGUGUGGUUUGUUCUGUGUCCUGUGCCUGUGUGUGGGUUGUCUGUGUCUGGCUGGGGUGUGGGUUGUGUGUCCCUGGUGCCACCUUGGGUGUGGCGCUUGUCUGUUGUUCUGUGCUGGGUGUGGUUGUCUGUGUCUGUGCCUGGAUCCGUUGAAUAUCGGCAUUCAUUUUCCCCGAGAAGCCAAAACAUCAAAAUCGUCGCCAUGUGUCUAGUCACGAACUGUUGCUGCUGCAUCAGUUUACGCAUAGGUUGCAAGAUCAUCGCAAUUUUGUUUUUGGCGCACACCAUUUUCGAAGUGGUGGAUUACUCGAUCGGAGCGGCCAACGCGGAUGACAACUACGUCACGUAUGACGCGCCGAACGGCACCGUGGUCACGGAGAAGCUGUCCUCGAAAGCGACGAACGUUGGCGUGAACGUGGCGUUGGCCGUCUUGUCCGUGAUAAAGGUUGCCACGGUGUGCUUCCUCCUGUGCGGCGCCUGUAGAGAGAGCGCGUUCCUUAUCAGACUGUUUCUGCUGACGUUCCCCAUCUUGGGGUGCAUCAUACUCCUGUUUACCUUGGUGUUGGCAAUCCUGAAUUUCGCCGGCUACCACAUUGUGGUCGGCGGGCGGUCGGUGGUGGCCGUGACUCACGGCAGUGUGGUUAUGGGUGUGAUCUUUUCUGAUCGUUUGCAUCGGGGCUGUUCAAGGAGAAGGGCGUCGAGGCAGCCCUUUAACGGCAGGGCUCUGCGCUGCAGCAGGCGCCGCGAGGGCGGGGCAGGCUGGCUUGGCCCCGUGCCGUGGUUUCGCUGGCCGCAGCCGGGCCGCCGCCGGGCAGGGCGGGCAUCGAUCGGCGGCUUGCCACCCUCCAAGCCCUCGCAGCCCCACCAAGCAGCGUCCGUUGACCGCGCCCGCUCCUCACGCGCCCAGGCGCUGCUUCCUCAGCCUCCCCUCCCCUCCGCCGCCCCUGCCCGCCCUCCCGCCCGCGCGCCUCGCCGCGCCCCUAGCCCCGCCCCGCCCGCGCCCGCGCCCGCCCCGCCACAGCACGCGCCACAGCACGCGCCAGACCUGCUACCUCACCUCACCCUCCGCUGCCGCUGGCCGCGCGCCAACAGCGCGCCAGAACGCUGCUACCUCACACUCACCUGCACCUCACCUGCACCUCACCGGCGCCGCCCCGGCGCCCGCGCCGCCCCGCCACAGCACCCGCCGACCUGCUACCUCACCUCACCGCCCGCCCGGCGCACAGCCGGCCCCGCCCGGCCCUGCGCACAGCGUCCGACCAGCCCGCGCCACAAGCACCUCCGGCGCCUGCUUCCUCCACGCCCCGGCUUAUCACCGGCGCCCGCCCUCGCCAGCCCCGCUCCGCCUGGCCUCGCUCUCCCGCCGUCACACCGAAUCAAUUCAACCCCCGCCCCAAUUCGCUCCUCCCCCGCCCACCCUGCGUUUCCUCCGCCGCCCACGCCCACACCUCCACAUUUCACCAACCUAACUCCGCCUGACUCGAGCGCCCCACCAACUACGACCAGUUUGUUUUCGCUGCGGCAGCCUAAACUGGGAAAGCACGGGAAAUUUUCUCCUCCAGAACCACCAGAAUUUUUACAAAUUGUGAAAUUGCCGUUCCACUGUACAGUUAAGUCCGUAGAUGCUAAAUUAAAUCUACAGCGGGCGUGCGUGGUGCGAGGCGUGAACGUGACAAGAGGGCAGCGAGCAGCGGCCGGCGGCGGAGCAGGAAGAGCGCACCCCCCCUCCCCCUCCAUCCUCCAAAGAGAGCGAGAGCGAGAGAUCGCGUGAGCGCCAGAGACGAUGUCCGGGGUGCAGCUGCUGGCCCGCGCGGGGCGUCCGCCCCCGCGCACCCUGCACCGCCUGCACCGCGCCGCCGGCGCCACGGC